AUCAGCUGAUUUGAGCGUCCCUAGAAGCCGGCGGAGGAGCUUGGCGAUUGACGCGAGGGCGCGCGGGGCUGCAGCGAUCCUGCGCCAUAGAAGCAUCAGCUGCCAAGUUUGUAUUUUGCUUCCAACUCAAUGGUGUUUAGAACUAUCCCGUUCCAUUCUCGGAGGAAUGAUUUUGUGAUGGAGUAUUCUUGCUGACUAAUGGACCCAAAGGAGAAAAGCUCAUCAGAGCAAGAAGGAACAAGAGAGAGGGGCCUGGUCUACACUUGGCAGGCUGGCAGCUGUUCACUGACGCCCGAAAGCCUCCCAGGUUGGAGUGGAAAGACGGUAUUGCAGGCAGCGCUUGGAACACACCAUGGCAUCCUUCUGUCAGAUGGUGGUGAGGUUUACAGCUUUGGCAAACUUCCCUGGAAAGCUGGGCUAGAAGACACCCGCAUCAGUUGCCCCGUCUUGGAAAAGGCUCUGAGCGGGCAACGCGUCCUCAGCGUGGCUGCCGGCAGCUUCCAUAACGGAGCGGUGACUGAGAAUGGUGGGGUGUACAUGUGGGGGGAGAAUUCCUCCGGCCAGUGCGCCGUGGCCGGUCAGGCGGCUGUCCCCGAACCGAACCCCGUCAGUAUUUCCGACUCUGAAACCAGCCCUUUGUUGCCGAUAAAGAUCUUACAGCUGGCGUGCGGGGAGGAGCACACCCUGGCGCUCUCCCUAAGCCGGGAGAUAUGGGCCUGGGGAAGCGGCUGCCAGCUGGGACUCAUCACCACCACUUUCCCAGUGACCAAGCCACAGAAAGUCGAGCACCUGGCCGGGCGGGUCGUGCUUCAGAUCGCUUGCGGGGCCUAUCACAGCCUGGCCCUUGUCCAGUGUCUCCCCAACCAAGACAUGAAGCCUAUCCCGGAGAGGUGCAACCACUGCAGCCAGCUACUGAUCACCAUGACAGACAAAGAAGACCACGUCAUCAUCUCAGAUAACCACUGCUGCCCUUUGGGAGUGGUUCUGGCCGACUCCCAAGCAGAAAACCACAUCUCCCCCUCAUUGGAAACACCUGACGGGAAGAGUGCAACGUGCAGCCAAGACGAAGACUGUCAGAAAGCCCUCGGGGAAGAACAGGCGCUUAGGGGCACGGAGUACGAUGAGGCAAGCGUGUGUUCCAACAGCGAUGGGCAGGAAGACAGUGGCAUUUCCAGCCCGGGGCAUCCCUUGGUAAUGGACAAAAUGGCAUCGAAGCAACACGCAGUGGUUCUUUCGGAUCCUUUGUCAGAUGAAAGUGGGGAGAAGCAAAUCAGCACGGAACUUGACCAGCAAUCUCAAGAAGAGGAACUCGUCGCUUGCUUACCUGGCCCAACUGGUCCCGGCACGUCUGCCCUGAACAGCCUGGUUGUCUCUUGCGCGUCAGCAGUCGGUGUGAGAGUAGCGGCCACCUAUGAAGCCUUGUCUCUGAAGAAGGUAAUUAACUUCUACGGCACGACCCCUGGUGAUGCAGCAUCUCCAUCCAGCGGCGGUUCUCCAGGCCCAGACGGGCCGAAAGAGAGCCGAGAGGAGCAGGUCAAGCUGGAGUCGAUGCAGGGUAAGAAGAGCUCCAGCCUGGUGGACAUUCGAGAAGAGGAGUCCGAAGGAGCCUGCCGAAGGCUUUCCUUACCUGGCUUGCUGUCCCAAGUUUCUCCGAGGCUCUUGAGGAAAGUAGGACGAGCUAAAAUGAGGACGGUGGCUCUCACGCCGACCUAUAGUGGUGAAGCAGAUGCGCUUCUCCCAUCCUUACGAACGGAGGUGUGGAGCUGGGGAAAGGGAAAAGCCGGACAGCUAGGACACGGCGAUGUCUUACCAAGGCUCCAACCACUAUGUGUAAAAAGUCUUGAUGGUAAGGAAGUAAUUCAUGUGUCUGCCGGUGGGCAUCAUUCCAUGGCACUCACUGCCAAGUCGCAGGUUUAUUCAUGGGGCAGUAAUACUUGUGGACAGCUUUGUCACUCGAAUUCUCCAACCACGGUCCCUCGUCUUGCAAAGGUAAACAGUGACCAAAACGUCUGGCAUAUAGUGGCAGGCCCAGAUUAUUCACUGUUUCUGGUAGAUGGAGAAGAUUUCCAGCCUUUAUUAUAUUAUAGUGGUCAAGGAGAAAGGAAGGAAGGUGACGUCUCAUUUGAAAAUGGCAGCUCAAAGAGUCCAACACUGUUGCUCUCAUGUAGUAAGCUAGGGUAUAUAAGCAGUGUGGCAGCAGGGGGAACGAACUGUUUGGCCUUGGUGGAUAAAAACAUUAUGGGCUACAUUGCCAGUCUGCAUGAGUUGGCUUCAACGGAAAGACAAUUCUACACAAAACUGAGUGCUAUAAAAUCACAAGUCCUCCGACCUCUCUUGGGAUUAGAUAACUUGGGCACCGUAUCAGCUAUCCAGCUCCUGCAGGAAAUGGCAAGCAUGUUCAGCAAGCUGUGUUACCUGACCGGCCAGCAUGGAGCCUCUCUGACCAGUUUUCUCCAGGGAUCAAAAGAGGCAAAGAACUUGGCUGUCGUGAAGCACUCAAGCCUUCUUUUAGAAAGUUACACUGAAUAUUGCACUUCCUUGACGAACUUUCUAGUGAUGGGUGGAUUUGCGCUUCUGUCCAAACCAGCAAUGGAUUUCUUAAGUAAAAACCCAGCAUUGCUCCAGGAUUUGUCGGAGACAAAUGAGGAAGCCCAGCCUUUGGUGGAGGUGCUGAACACUUUAUUUUUCUUGCCCGUCAGAAGACUUCAGAGUUAUUCUCGAGUUUUGCUAAAGCUGGCUACUUGUUUUGAAGUGACUUCUCCGGAAUACCAGAGCCUUCAGGAUUCCAGUUCUUGUUACGAAUCCCUGGCUGUCCAUCUUGGCAGGAAGAGAAAAGAAGCCGAGUACACCCUUAGCUUCUGGAAAACCUUUCCAGGGAAAAUGACAGACUCCUUGAGGAAACCAGAGCGGCGAUUGAUCUGUGAAAGCAGCAAUCGAGGGAUGUCUCUACAGCAUGCUGGGAGAUUCUCGGUGAACUGGUUCAUCCUCUUCAAUGACGCCUUGGUCCACGCCCAGUUCUCAACUCAUCACAUUUUCUCCUUGUCCACGCUGUGGGUAGAGCCUGUCUCUGAAGAGUCUGGUAAUACAAAUGGUUUGAGAAUCACCACACCCGAGGAGCAGUUCAUCCUUAUUUCAUCAACACCACAGGAAAAGACAAAGUGGCUGAGAGCUAUAAGUCAAGCAGUGGAUCAGGCCUUAAAAGGCACAACUGACUUGCCACCUUACGUGAGCAGUGGAAAUCUUCAGAGGCAAGAACCCCCCAUUUCCCGCAGCGCAAAAUACACUUUUUACAAGGAUCCUCGGCUCAAGGAUGCCACUUACAAUGGACGAUGGCUUUCUGGGAAACCACACGGAAGAGGAGUCUUAAAAUGGCCGGAUGGAAGGAUGUAUUCUGGCAUGUUCCGAAACGGCUUGGAAGAUGGGCAUGGUGAAUACAAAGUACCAAACAAAAUGUUGAACAAGAGCGACCACUAUGUUGGAUAUUGGAAGGAGGGCAAAAUGUGCGGCCAAGGAGUCUACAGCUAUGCCACUGGAGAAGUAUAUGAAGGGAGUUUCCAAGACAACAUGCGCCACAGGCACGGUCUCCUGCGCAGCGGGAAACUGACGUCUUCCUCUCCGAGCAUGUUCAUUGGUCAGUGGGUGAUGGAUAAGAAGACCGGAUAUGGAGUGUUUGAUGAUAUCACAAGGGGAGAAAAAUACAUGGGAAUGUGGCAAGAUGACCUUUGCCAAGGCAAUGGCGUUGUGGUGACCCAGUUUGGACUGUAUUAUGAAGGAGCCUUUAAUAGCAAUAAAAUGAUGGGGACUGGAGUCUUGCUUUCAGAAGACGAUACAGUGUACGAAGGGGAAUUUUCUGACAACUGGACCCUUAAUGGGAAGGGAACGCUGGCUUUGCCAAAUGGAGACUAUAUUGAAGGUACCUUCAGUGGAGAAUGGGGCUCUGGGAUAAAGAUUACUGGAACCUACUUCAAACCCAGUCUGUACGAUCAUGAGAAGGACCGACCCAAAGCUCUGCGGAAGCUCGGAGUCCUUGCCGUUCCUGCAGAUGAGAAGUGGAAGGCAGUGUUUGAAGAAUGCUGGCACCAGCUAGGCUGCGAGCAUCCUGGCCAAGGGGACCGGUGGAAAGCGUGGGACAACAUCGCGGUUGCCUUGACAACCAAUCGGCGUCAACACAAAGACAGUCCAGAACUUCUGAGUCGAUCGCACGCUCAAACACUGGAAAGUCUGGAAUUCAUCCCGCAGCAUGUUGGUGCCUUCACCCUGGAGAAAUAUGAGAACAUUAAGAAGUAUCUGAUAAAGGCAUGUGAUACCCCUUUACAUCCUUUGGGGAAACUUGUGGAGACCCUAGUGGCUGUAUACCGAAUGACCUACGUAGGGGUCGGAGCCAACCGGCGGCUGUUACAGGAAGCAGUCAGGGAAAUAAAAUCCUACCUCAAACGCAUAUUUCAGCUGAUCAGAUUCCUCUUCCCUGACCUCCCUGAAGAGGGCAGCACGAUUCCGCCUUUGGUAACCGAGACCAAGGGGAGGCGAUCCUUCUGCAGUGGAAAAAGCGACUCAAGGCCAGAGUCUCCAGAACCGGGCUAUGUGGUCACCAGCUCUGGGUUGCUGCUUCCUGUGUUGUUACCUCGGCUCUACCCUCCACUGUUUAUGCUGUACGCCUUGGACAAUGAACGAGAAGAAGAUGUAUAUUGGGAAUGUGUUCUGCGUCUAAACAAACAGCCCGACGUGGCUCUGUUGAGCUUUCUGGGAGUACAGAUGAAAUUUUGGCCAACAACUGUGCCCGUCCUUGGUGAAAAUAAAAAG